CUUACAGAAUGCUUAUAUUUUUGUCAGUUUUACCAAGAAGUGAUUUAUUUUUAUUGUUUUAAACACUUGGUGACUCUUCUCUUUCUCAGGAUGACAGGAACAGAUGUGUUUGGAAUUACUGUACCUCUUAUUACCAGUACUACUGGAGAUAAACUGGGAAAGACUGCGGGCAAUGCAGUUUGGCUAAACAGAGAUAAGACUUCUCCAUUUGAGCUAUAUCAGUUUUUUGUCAGGCAACAAGAUAAUAUAGUUGAAAAAUACCUGAAACUCUUCACCUUCCUUCCUCUUGAGGAGAUUGACCACAUCAUGGAAAUGCAUGCUAAAGAACCUGAAAAAUGGGGCCCUCAGAAACGACUUGCUGCAGAAGUAACCAAGCUUGUUCAUGGUAGAGAGGGGCUAGAAUCUGCUAAAAGGUGUACUAAGGCCCUUUAUCACAGCAGCACGGAGGCACUGGAAGCUAUGUCUGACCAAGAGUUACAGGAACUUUUUAGGCAAGCUCCUUCAGCUGAAUUGAUGCUUGAACCUGGAAUGAACAUUCUUGACUUGUGUCGCAAAGCAAAUGCCAUUCCAGAUGGACCUAGUGGGUACCAGAAAAUUGCAGAUGGUGGAGUUUCAGUAAAUGGGAUUCGAGUAACUAAUCCUGAGACUGUUCUUGUUCUCGGACAGCACAUUCUCAAGAAUGGAGUAUCAUUGCUUAGGAUUGGAAAGAAAAAUUACUACAUUAUAAAAUGGCUGCAGUUGUGACAACAGAACUUCUCCCUGAAAUGAUGUAUCAUUUUGACUCUGUUGCUCGAAGAUGUACUUGAAGAUGUUUCUAUACUGUGUGUUACUACACAGCUCACAGACUGCCCACUACUACCAUAGUUCGUUCUCAAAAUACACCAACAGAGUUCAAAUAAAGGCAGCUAAGUUAUACCACUGCAGAGAUUUUUAGAUACUCUGCCUUAUUCAAAGCACCAUAAGAGGAUGUGCACAAGAAGAUGAAAAGAGUGAUUUCAGAGUCCAAAGAUGGAGAUGCUUUUCCCUUCCUUUAACAACCUUCUGUAUUGUAGGAGGAGAACAGUGGCCAGGUACUCUACAGCAUAAUCCACAGCAAGAUGAGCAAAAGCAUACCUGAAACCAGUACUUCGUACAGAGAAUGUGUGCUACUGUCAGUUUGACUUCAUUCUAACUGUAAAACCUGCAUAAGUGGGUUUCAGCAUUCCUCUCCAGACGCCUGUUCCAGGCUCCUGAGACGUAUCUCCUGCUCCAGGAGCAGCCUGCACAAACAGCACAAUGAAGAAACGUUGGAGAGUUAGAACUUAGGCAUUGCAAAGUAGUGACUGAUCAAAUCUACUAUUACUGAGCUAUAAGUAUCACAGAUAUGAACAUAUUUGUGCUGCCAGACCUCAAUUUACAGAAGGCUUUCUUUGUACCAAAUUAAAAGAAAUUAAAAAUCUCCAUCCUCUGGAAGUCAAGAUCAGAGUUUCUGGGAAGUUCCAGACAAAGAAUGACUCACUGAUCUCCUGAGAAAAGGACGUAACACCCAACUCUUAAACAUUAGGAAUCACUGGACAAAAGAAAUAUUAGUAGAUGGUAUCCACCACAUGUUAAAUUCAUAUUGAAAACCAAACACAAACAGUUUAUUUUGAUGUGGAACAGUGGUAAUUUUUAUUUUGUACCUUUGCAUGAAAAAAACAUUCAAGGCUCUGAACUACUACUACUUAUGUCUUGUUUCAGAUAUAGGAGGAAAUAAGCUAAAUUUAUUUUUUGUGUUUACAGUUAAAACACCACAGGCUGAUCUUGAGUCUAAAAAAAGUGAGAAACAAAGCACAGCAAAUAGAAUACUAACAGUUGCAUACUAGGAGGAAACCCAGCUAAACUGUGCACAUCAGAAAUUUUAUUAAAAUUGCACAACUGUUCAGAGGUGCUGUAAAAAAUACACUGUAAGAAUUCAAAUCAACCCCUGCUAAUAAGAAAGAACCAUUGAUGAGGAAAGCUCCACUAUGUUAUUUCUGAUUGCAAGUCAGCUAUUCAACAUGCAAAAAACCCUGUGCCAUUCUCAUUCAGUUCUACUACGGAACCUGCUCUAUCUCCAAAGUAGUUUCAGAAACAGAGCUACAUUCUUUCACAAGAAAAAGUGUUGGGUAUGUACCACCUAAUAAAGGACAGGUUUUGUGGGAAACACAAAUUAAACCAAAUUUGGCAGCUUCCUGCAAUUUCUUAAGUCACAACAGUAUCCUCACAGUAGCUCUUGACUUCUUUUUAACGUUUGCAGCAUAUCAGAACCUCUAAUACUCUGACGAAAAUAAUUGUUAAAAUUCUACCCCUGACUCGAUUUUGACUUUGUUCAGGACAGACUGACAGCUUUGCACUAGAAGCUGAAUGUGCAUAUGCAAAAAGCUGAAAGCCUAACUCCUCUUGGUACUACUAAUACACAAACUUGUGACUACCCAUCUUUUCUGACUCCAAGUGAAGGCAAUUAACAAAAAAGUCUUUACAAUAAUGAGCUGUUAUUUUAACACAAGAGACAGCACACCUAAAGUGUAAAAAACCACUGCAGAACACAUUUCACAAAUAUAAGUAAACCAAGGACUGAACAAUUACGUGAAACAACAAAAAGGAGGUUCAGUUUGAACAAAGCCUAAAAGGAUUCCCUGCAGGAAGCAGGAAACUCACAUUUUUAGCUUAUCUUCUGUCCUCCUUCUUUAACUGUCAACACAUUAAAAACAUGCAGUUUAACAACCAUGCUGAACACUUUUGAUUACAAUACUGUUGCACCAAACAAUCUACUGACUACAGUUUGAGGCAAAUUAUGCUGCAUACUUGCACCACAAUAUAUUGCAACCAAGAGUUCAAACAGAAAGCAGUGACUUUGCCACCUAAUGGCACAUCUUUACCUGCCACUGCACAUACUAAUAUCAGUAAUGCCAAGUAGACUAUACUCUGCAGGGCAUACUGUGUCAGUGACAGAACACUAAAUACAAACUGCUUUCCGUACUAUCUGCGGUGCACCACAACAGAAAUGUGCAUGCAGUGCUUAUAGGAAAAAU